AUGGCGACGCGACAACGUGUUCUGCGAGCUUUACAGAAUUCAAGAUCUAGACAUAUUCUUGCCCUAGUACCCGAAGAAAACGCCACCUCCGAAGUGAGCGGGGAAUCAAGCUUUGAAAAUGAAGCAGAGGUGUUUAGUCACUAUGAACGCCACGAAUCAGAAUCGUCUGAAGCUCCCUCGAUUUCAUCGUCACUAGCCGGGCUCAAUAUUCUGGAUUCCUCCGAUGAUGCACAAAAUCUCAAUGUAUCUGGUUCAAUACUUGCUGACUUUAAUCCUGAAGAAAAUAAUGAUAAAGAACAGCAGCACCCAUGCUAUGAUAUAUUACCAUCCAUUAGUUCGUUGCCAACAUUGUCUCCUAUGUCAAAUUUGCCGUCGGUGACCACAUCAUUCAUUCUUAAUCAGGUAAGUGAUUCUCCACAACAAUCACCACAAAACUUGGCAUCUACGCCACAGUCAACACGUAGUACAAGAGCACAACGUCGGAGACAUAAUACAGCCAACUUGACUGGAUCCAGGCAACCCCGGCGUGUACCUAAGAAGAAAAUAGAACUCAAGUUCAAAUGGUCUUAUGACCGUUUUCAACAUCGUGCCGAAUUAGAUCCUGAUACGUUUGAAAGUCCCCUUCCCGAUAGAAAGAAUGCAUUCAAUUAUUUCACCGAUUUCUUUUCUGAAGAUCUUUUUGACGAAAUUUGCCUUUCUACAAAUAUGUAUUCUCUGCAGACGACAGGCCGAUCAAUAAAUUUGACUGUUGACGAGUUACGAAGCUUCUUAGCUAUAAAAGUAAUAAUGGGUAUUGUUUCUAUGCCAUCUUAUUUAGAUUAUUGGAGUAUAAAUACACGCUUUUCAUUAGUCGCAGAUGUUAUGCCAUUGAAACGCUAUCAGCUUAUCCGGAGAUAUCUCCACUUCGUUGAUAAUAAUAAAACAAACUCUGAUCCAUACUUCAAAAUAAGACCAGUUAUUGAAAAGAUUCGACAAAACUGCCUCAAAAUUGAAGAAGAAACAAGGUUUAGUAUUGAUGAGAUGGUAAUUCCUUAUAAAGGAACCAAAGCGGGAAAGAAACGGCAAUACAAUCCUCGUAAGCCACGGAAAUGGGGUUUCAAAAACUUUGUUAGGGCUGGAGCUUCUGGGAUCAUUUACGACUUUUUUUUAUAUGCUGGUAACGACAUGUUUGUUGAAUGCAGUUUUACAGAAGAAGAGGAAGGCUUAGGUUGGGGAGCUAAAGCAGUUUUGAGACUUUGUAAAACUAUAAAGAAGAAGCCAUGUAUCGUCUACUUUGAUAACUUUUUUUCUUCAUUGGAGCUGAUUUACCAUCUCAGGAAUACUUAUGGCAUAUUUAGUCUAGGUACAAUGCGUACAAAUCGACUGCGAAGUGCUACGAGCAAGCUAAAAAGUGAUAAGGAUCUGAAAUCUCUAGGAAGAGGAUCUUUCAGCCAAACUGUGUGCAAUAAGACAAAACUAUCGCUUUUGAAAUGGAAUGAUAACAAGUGUGUUAUUCUAGCCUCUAGUUAUGCUGAUGCAUAUCCUACAACCAAAGUCAAGCGGUAUUGUAAAAUUAAUAAGCGGAAAAUUGAUGUUGACUAUCCGAACAUUGUAAAGCAUUACAAUGCCCAUAUGGGCGGCGUUGAUUUGGCGGAUAUGCUCAUAGCGCUAUACCGCACAGAAAUGAAAAGUAGGCGCUGGUAUCUCUCCAUAUUUUCGCAGUUACUAGACAUCUGCGUCGACAAUGCUUGGUUGAUGUAUAGGCGAGAUAGUACAAGGAAAAGAAUCAAAAAGGUUAAAACUUUAAAAGAAUUUCGUCUUGAAAUUUAUAGAGCUUUGCUUCAGAAAGGAAAAAAUGUAGAUACAACUACAAUAAAAGAUUUGAUCCCUGAAGAAAAAAUAAAAAACCCAAAACGUCCCAGGCCUGUAGAUGAUAUCAAAUAUGAUAAUGUCGACCAUUUCCCUGAGCAUGUAUUGUGGACGAUGCAGCCGGACAUCAGUGUGUUUCAUGUAGAGGAGGAAAAGAUUGAAGGUAAAAUGGGCUUGCCUCAUAUAACGUCUUUUUGUUGGUGCUUCGGAUUAGAGUCUGGGACCAAACUUAUUGGAUACAUACAUUUGCUAGCGUCGCUGUCGCUAAUGACGGUUGCCUCAGUAUUUGCCGAUUCUCUCCGAGGCAACGUGGGCACGAUAGAAGACGCAGAGGACCACCUGUACACGACGUGGUACAAGAUAUGUGUAUCGAUAGCGGUGUUUUCUGUCGUCCAUGUUUUGCUGGCAGCCAUGUUGAUAUAUGGUGCUCAUAAGAGGAGCACGACAGCCGUACGUGUGUGGGUGUGGGUGAUGAUAGUGCUGUACCUGGCGUCCCUCGGCUAUGUGAUAUUCUCUAUGACCUUCGGCUUCACAGACACUGGAUCCCACAUUUUCUUGGCGUUUUUGGAAGGCAUUGUGUUUUUUGGUAUCCUCGCUUAUUGCAUCCUCUGCGUGAACAGCUUCUACCUGAUGCUGAGGAGCUCCGAGGAAAUGGAGACUCCAUACAAAACAGACUAU